CUCGAGGGCAGGGUGUGUAGCGCAGCCCAGCCCAGCCCAGCCCCAAUAUGACACAGAGCCAAAGGGGAGGAACCGAACACCCCCACUCGAAUUAUUAUCACUGAAAAUCACUGAAUUAAACACCGAAGAGCCCCAACAGGGAAUAUAAGUUUUAUAAGAAGCAGAAAAUGUCGUUCAUCCCUGGUCAGCCUGUCACAGCUGUUGUGCAACGGAUUGAGAUUCACAAACUACGGGAUGGUGAUAAUUUAAUAUUAGGAUUCAGCAUUGGAGGGGGAAUUGACCAAGAUUCAAGCCAGAAUCCGUUUUCUGAAGACAAGACAGACAAGGGAAUCUAUGUCACACGCAUAUCUAAAGGUGGACCUGCAGAGGUGGCUGGUCUCAAGAUGGGAGACAAAAUUAUGCAGGUGAAUGGCUGGGACAUGACCAUGGUGACGCAUGAUCAGGCACGAAAAAAACUCACCAGGAAGAAUGAAGAUGUGGUCAGGCUUCUCGUCACUAGAAAAUCUCUGGAGAACGUAGUCCGACAGUCCAUGAUGCAACACUAAUGCAGAUUUGAAAUGCGCUCAUUUGAGCUAAUUGAAUGUCCUUAUUGGUUAAUCACAUGUUCAGAGCAUGUUUUAACUAAUAAAAAACAAACAGCCUCCCUCAGCCAAAGAGUGAUGCCAAGAAACCUUUACACUCAGUAUGGACUAACAAGGACUUCUGUUAAAGAUGAUUUUGACGUAUUGAACUCUAACUGAAUCAGUAUAUGUGUGAAUGAUUGCUCUGAGUACAAUCUAAAGAUUGUGGUUUGCAUUCCAUAAAUUGCUACAUUACUUUAAAUUUAGCUACACUUUAUGCCAAAUACUACUCUUUACCACAUAUACUCUUGAAUGUAUGAGUCUGUGAACUUAUCAUUUAAUUUACAGAUCUCAAGGGCUACAGUGAGUUUUGUUCACCUCUUUUUUUUGUUAACACGUACACAUACUUAUACACCUGUUAAUUAUCGAAUCAAGUGAUGUGGGAAACAGCCAGCAUAUAGUUGUACUUUAAUGACCACUAAUUUUGCUAGUUCGGGAGACCUUUUUGAAUUUUUGUUGCUCUUCAUCUUAUAACUUUGAUUUUGUAUUUAAUUAACACAAUGUUAGCCUAUCAAAAUAUCAUCCUCUGACCAUAGAAAAUGAAUCUGCAUUUGGCACAAUUGAGAACACUGCAGUUUUGUAUUUAGCGAUACUUUUUCCUGUUUUUGAGUGUUUUUUGAUACUGAUUUUUUUGGGCGUUUGAUUGUAUGAGGAUCUAUUUUCACAUAAGCGAAUAAAGGAAUCUUCUUGCA